AUGGUUGUAUCAACAGCUAGGCAGCCUAGCUCAACCUACCGACUAUGGCAUCGAUUCACUUUCCCUAGCGAAAAUGGUCCGAGAGAUGCUAUUUCCGUGCCAAAGGUAGUUGGCGACCAGCUUAACUCUACGUAUUCCCUCAUCAUAGAUAUGACACUGGUGCAGGUAUGGACUGUCCUCUUUGGUCUCAUGCUCUACUUCUACAUGCGGAGACGCAGGAUGGAAGUCACCAAACUCAGCCCUCUAGCUCCUACUAUUUGGAACAAACGAUCCGAUCUGGUCGACUUGAUUAUAGAAACGAUCACGUCCUCCAAGAAGAACUGGUCGAGUCCAGGGAUUGUAUUGUUGCUUCUUCUAUUCUUCGCAGCCUGGGCCGGACAGAAAGCGACCGGAAUCUUAGUUCCACCCCUUAUUAUCCUCAACAACACAGCCCCCGUAAAUCCAGAUGCUAUAUACGUGCCAGAUCGUUCAGAGUCAGAUCUUGUUGCGUCAGCCACCCUUUUCCCUUUAGAAGUGCCACGAUUUCUUCGCGCGCUGGGCAGCAUAGGCGCCGAUGGGCAACUCCGCCAACAAGUUAACAUCAGCGCCGCAACAUCGGUAGGGCAAACUAGUGACGGUGAAGAUAUCAUGCGCAUCGACUACCGGUACCGUGUCACUGGGGCAGACAUGGGACUACAGCGAUUCCCGGAAUUGACCCUCAACGUCGCUGGUUCAUGCAUCACAGACUAUGACAUGUACAACGGAACCCGAAUAUCCGACUCCGACGGUGAAGCGGUUGCUGUCGACUUUUACGAUGUCUUCGGAGGCGUAGUGACGGCGUCGCUAUUCGAUGGCAGACAACCCGUAGCUACCUUUUACGUGGGAAACACCACCCAAGGCACACUUGAAACCAGCAAUGGGACCUGGGCGGCGAUUGUCUCUUCCGUCAACAGAACUAGCUUCAGUCCCGGAACAGACCCCUGGUAUCUCACCGGACCCGGGCCUGAAACCCAGACGGGUGCCCAGUACUCAGUGAUGCCAGCCCGACCAGCACUAUCAUGCUGGCAGGACGACGUAUGGUCAUACCAGGGCCGCAAUAGCACCAUCGAGGCAUUGACAGGCGAAGCACUACCAGGCCUAGAUCUGUCGGAUGGUCUUCGUAACAUCUUACUGUCGAUCCUUGGUAGCCCCAUGAUACAAAUUGUCGGCCAGCACCUUCAAGCCUCAGCUCUUCUAUCGACGACAACGGCGAGCGGCCAAGUAUUCGACGCCGCUGCCAGCAACUUCCACGACGACCUCGAGCGCUUGGUACAGGCGGCAUACGUAGCCACCGUCAACUGCCUAACCGACCUGACCCUGUAUCCCGCGGGGGCGGAUAGACAAGUGCGGAACAUGGCACGAGGUGACUCAGGCCAGGUACUAGACGGCGUUGCCGAGUUCGUGGUCUGGAGCCCGGACGUCGCGGCGCUGUCGACCGUGGUCGUCAUCGUCAUCCCCACCGUUUUCGUUGGCACUUGGCUGGUCGCUGUUAUACUGCUGUACUGGACCCCUGUCAGCGCCGUCAGCGCUCUGGAGUCAAACGACCUGCAGAGGAAGCUUGCCGCUAAUGAAUCGGGCGAUGUGGGCGAGACCUCGUCCGCUGUCGGUGUUUCACAGUCGGGGACACAACCCGGGAUAGACUCUAAACCCUCUACUACCCCUAAUCAGGGACACGAGCCGGCGGGAACAAGCACGACGAUCACGCCUGUAGGAAUGACAGUUAUGGAGUCGGGGUCUGGUGUAGGGAGUAAGGAGCACCAGUGA